AUGGCAAACUUGGGUUUGCUGGUUUCUCUUUUUCUCUCAACUGUUUCUCUUUUCAGUCUCUCUGGAGCAACCACCCCCAACGACUGCAGGGGCCAAUUCGAUGCUCCCGACUUGGUCGUUCACUGUUCGAAUCGCAACGGAGGAGGAACAUUUACGCCAUCUUCAAGCAAUGAUUGUCAGCCCUUUGGGAGCUUGCACUGCAAGGACAAAUCAUUUCCACAGUUCAAGUGCUCGCCUCGGGUGACUUCCUCCACUCGAGCCAUCCUCACAAACAACGACUUCAGCAAAGGUGGUGAUGGUGGAGAUCCAUCGGAAUGCGAUGGCAAGUUCCAUGACAAUUCUCAUCCAAUAGUGGCGUUGUCCACUGGCUGGUACAAUGGAGGCUCGAGAUGUGGGAGGAAGAUCAGAAUUACGGCUAGAAAUGGGAGGUCAGUGUUGGCUAAGGUGGUGGAUGAGUGUGACACCAUAAAUGGAUGCGGCAAGGCACAUGCUCAUCAGCCACCGUGUCGUAACAAUAUUGUAGAUGGCUCGAACGGAGUGUGGCACGCUUUGGGACUUGAGAUAGAUGUGGGGGAAGAACCUGUCAUAUGGUCGGAUGCUUAG